AUGGCCUUCAAGAACGGACUUAGUGAACGCCUCGAUGAGCUGCGAUUCCCUUCUCCGCGUUCGCCUCCGUCCGAAUCCCAGUUCCCCGGUUAUACCUCGCUCUCUCCGAGCCACUCCAACUUCGUGUCCGCGUUUUCGCGUCCGUCGGGCGAUGUUCGUGCCAACCUUCAGCGCCGAUUCACGACGGACUCCAGCAAGCUUUCGUCAUGGAGCUACCUGAAUCACCUCGGAGGCGCCGCUCCCCAGGUCCCGGACCCGCUAGAUUUACUGUCAUCGUUCGAAAAGAAACGCCAGCACAUCGAGUACAUGCGAGAGCAAAAGAGGAGGUUUGAAGAAGACAUGAAGCUUCUUGAUCUGCAACACGAGAAGGAAAAACUUGAGAUGGAUCAGCUUGCGAAACGCCUGGCGAAGGCUGGCAUUUCUGGUCCGGCAAGUGAGCCUACGACUCCUCCGGAUGCUCGUGAAAAUGGCUUUCCUGGGGGCUUCACGCGCCCGACUCGCUUUUCCACUUCCAGCGUCACUUCAUCUCCCGGCUUCUUCAACGUCUUUGCUCCGUCGCAGGUGACCAGUCCCCCAGGCCAGGCAGACAAUACCUCUUCUCAUACCCCAACAAACCGUUUCUCGGUCCACUCCGUUCCAGGAUCUCGCAGAAACUCUGAGAUGGAAGACUUUGGCCAGGAGCCUGCUUCACCUUUCCGCCCAGGUCCUUCCAUUCAUCGCUAUUCAAUGCCUUCGGCUGGCUUGGGUUCGCAGAUCCGCCCAAAUACCUCGAGCUUCUCCAACAACUCGGGUCUCGAAUCCUUCAACGCGGCCAAAUUUCUUUUCAACGACGAAGAUAGGGCCACUCUCAAAGAAGAGGAUCGAAUCCCUACCCCUGACAUCAAGAGUUAUCUGCAACUUACCGAUCCUGACGACAAAUUCCCAACUCUGUCGCGUAGAGACGACUCGGGUUUGUUGUCCGCAAACUCAGACGCAUUGGAUCUUGCGAACUCCAAGACUCCUAAUCCGGAGAAUUGGAAUUCCCACAGUCGGCAUCGCACUUCUCACCAAAGCAUGCCACAAAACGCACUCAACAUGUUUCGACUUGACCAGAUUGGAAGCUCCAACAACGAGUCCAACUCCAACACACCGAAUCCGUCCAAACACGCUGCCCGACACUCCCUGGAAGCCAAUCUUCUUUACAGCUCGGAGGGGAACCAGGAUAACAUGGCUCCAAAUGCUUCCUCGGGCCGACCUAACUCCCUCCAGUCCUCUUACUCGACAAAUGACCUUCCCACUGUCAAGGGAGAUGGGUUCAACCCGGCUAUCACGCCCCCCAAAACGCACGCCGAGCAGAUUCAUCAGCACAAUGCCAACCUGGGACGCAUUCCAUCUGCUGCCACGACCCCUCGCCAGCAGCGUGACUCUCCGGAGCGGGAUGACGCAAAACUAAAUGGUGCCCGGGCCCAGACAACUGCUCUUCAAGCCAAUGCGGCUCCCUUUGGCCCUCAGAUUGCUGCUGCCUCCGCCCCCGGAACGAGUCCCACUGCGCCUGCCCCGGCAACUGGUUUCCAGCCACCAUUUUACGGCUAUGGUCUCCAGACCUACAUGGGAGCCCCAGUUCCAGUUAAUGGACAGAUGCAGAAUUACAGUCCCAACGCUUCCUACAACGGUUACCCCCCUUAUGGAAACUUCCGGCUCGCCGAGAACCCGGCAAAAGGAGCUUCUUCUCGCCGUGCUACCGAAAGUGACUCUGCUCAGCUUUCACGCUUCACCAACUUCCCCCUUGAACAUUACCGGGGAGAGCUGUAUGGUCUGUGCAAAGAUCAACACGGUUGUCGAUACUUACAGCGGAAACUGGAGGAGCGUAGCCCGGAGCACGUGCAGAUGAUCUUUGAAGAAACCCAUGUGCACGUUGUGGAGCUGAUGACUGAUCCUUUUGGUAACUACUUGUGCCAAAAGCUGCUUGAAUACUCCAACGACGAACAGCGGACAGCAUUGAUCAACAAUGCGGCCCACCAGCUCGUUAAAAUUGCUUUGAAUCAGCAUGGGACCAGGGCUCUGCAAAAAAUGAUCGAGUUCAUCUCUACUUCCGAACAGACCCAGACAGUGAUCCAUGCUUUGCAGGAUCACGUCGUCGAGUUAGUUCAGGACCUGAACGGCAAUCACGUUAUUCAGAAAUGUCUCAACCGUCUUUCCGCCGAGGAUGCCCAGUUCAUCUAUGACGCCGUCGGUGGCAAUUGCGUUGUUGUCGGAACCCAUCGUCAUGGAUGCUGUGUCCUGCAGCGCUGUAUCGAUCAUGCUUCAGGCGAGCAGCGGGCUCGGCUUAUUGCCCAGAUCACUUCGAAUGCCUUUGCCCUCGUCCAAGAUCCCUUCGGCAAUUACGUGGUGCAGUACAUCCUUGAUCUGGCCGAGCCUCGCUUUACUGAGCCCCUGUGCCAAACCUUCCGAGGAAACAUCCCGGCCUUGUCCAAGCAAAAGUUUAGCUCUAACGUGAUUGAAAAAUGCCUUCGGACUGCGGAAUUCCAAAUCCGCCGCCAGAUGAUUGACGAGAUGUUGGCCGGGGCUGAGCUUGAAAAGAUGCUCCGUGAUUCUUUUGCAAACUAUGUCGUCCAGACUGCCAUGGAUUUCGCGGACGCCGAUACUCGGACUCGCAUCGUGGAUUCUAUCCGCCCCAUUCUACCGUCUAUUCGCCAGACUCCUCACGGCCGUCGUAUUGCCGGUAAGAUGAUGGCUUCCGAGGGUUCUGGGAGAGGAAGUGCGUCGACGAGUGGGCAGGUUACCCCCAACGAGAUGAACUCAGCGCAGCUCCCAGGACCUUUGCAGAAACCAUUCCUGUAUCAACAAAACCCUUUCCCCAUCAGCUCCCAGUUUGGGGCUCAAAACUAUGUUCCUGCUUCGGGAACUGGCUCCGCUUCGAACACCCCGUCCGGUGGGCCCAGCGAAAACUCUUCAGCCAUGUUCCCUACCGUUCAGCAACCUAACGGCGGCCUUGGUGCGCAGGGUCAGCUCAAUGGCCCUGUCGUGAACUUCAAACCAGGCAGCUUGUCACUCUUCUCGCGGUAUCCCAAUGUCCCUAAUCCGCCAGCCGUGGUUGUUCAUGGUAUUUCCGCCACAUGCAAGUCUUCCAUUGUCCGCGGCGUUCUAUCUUCCCUCGAAGUCCCCCAUGCCGUCAUUCGAAGCACAGAGUGUAUCACCGGUCGCCAUCUAUUGACGAAGAUCCUCUGGGGAGCGUUGGAAGCACUCGGCCAACAAAGCGAGUGGGAGAAAUAUGGAAAGGGGCGAUGUGAAAAUGUCAGCGGUCUUGCCGUGCUUCUUAGCCAGUGUUUGGCGUCGCGAUCAACGAGCAACGGCGCGGAGAAAUUCGUCUUGGUCUUAGAUGGGAUUGAUAAGCAACGAGAGGCUCCUCCGACGCUGUUAGCAGCGCUGGCAAGGCUCGGCGAAAUUAUUCCGUCUCUCUGCGUUGUUUUGCUCCUCAGCUGUGCUCCACGGCCUUUGUUUCUGCAAACUGCCGGUGUCCCGCAUAUCAACUUCCCACCGUAUACGCGCAAGGAGGCAAUCACAAUUAUCUUAAAGUCAGGGCCACCAGCGGCUGCCAACGUCUCCGACGAAACAGCCUCUAGGUUGUAUCCACACUUUGUGUCGGCCAUCUAUGAUUCUUUGGUUGGACCGACGGCAGGCUCGAUCUCUAAUUUUCAGUCGAUGUGUGAUAAGCUCUGGCCGCAGUUUGUAUCUCCCAUAAGCAAUGGCGAAACGCCGCCCGGAACCGGCGCCGAAUGGGACUUUUCCCGGCUUCUGGUCCGGAAUCGAGCUUUAUUCCGACAGCAUGGCGAAGCCGCUCUCGUUCAUCACAUCGUCACAGAAGAAUCAGACCCGUCUGUCAAUGGCUUGGUCUCGAAACCGUCUUUAGCGGCCGUGUCCGCCCCUUCUCCCCUCCCGACCCUGCCAUACUUCGCAACCCUAAUACUCACCUCCGCAUACUUAUCCUCUCACAUCCCUCAAAGGCUCGACACAAUCUUCUUCUCCAAAUUCUCCUCUUCCUCACUUUCUGCGCGUAACAAGCGUGCUCAUCACAGAAGACGUCUCAAGGUCCUAUCUCAGGCUCAGGCAGAAGACGCCCGAGAGGCCAGCCAGGGCCCAGCCACCCCUAGCAAAAAGGGCAAAAGACAAAAGACUCGUAUCACGAAAUCUACCCUUGAAUCUGCCUUUGCCACUUCAUCCGCCACCACCUCUGCCGCCGGUGGAGCUGCCGGUAUCACGGGCCCAUCUACCAUCCUCACGGCGCGUCCUUUUCCUCUAGAACGGUUGAUUGCUAUUUAUCAUGCUAUCGACCCCAACCCCCCGGCCAAUCCCAUCCGAAUGGCCGCCGUUUCCGAUGCAAUCUACUCAGAGCUUGCCACGCUACGUCGACUACGAUUGGUCGUGCCCGCCUCCGGCCGCGAUAGCGGUGGUCGCAUGGGUCUGGGAUCGGGCGGUGCUAGCAGUGGUAACACGACCGCCGACGCCGGAGAAAAAUGGUGUGUCAACGUCUCCGGUGACUGGAUUGGAGAAAUGGCCAAGAGCAUCGGGGUCGAGGUCGGAGAAUGGUUAGCCGGUGGGCUGGAUUGA